GUUUGUGCUCUGGCCCUCAGAGAUGAGAGGAGGACGCUAACAGAGCUAGCCGGAUCCUCCUGAACGUGGUCCCUUUGCUGCACACUGUAGGCUUCAAUCCGCCAUAAAGAGCGCACUUCGGGUACCGGACUUGCUGCUACACGAGUCAGGAGGCUUGUUUUGUGGGUGGAAUACCGACACCGGUGCGAGAGGGAUUUUGCAAAAACCUGAGCCAACCGUUAGCUGGCCUAGCCGGACUCGGGAGCUCGUCUCCCAAAAACCAGAAUGGGGUCUAGGUCCAGUCGGAUUAGCCUGCUAGUAAAGUGACCUUUGAUUGUGUUUUCUCUUUUUGAUGGCGAAUUUCACGAACUACCAGGAAGGGAAGGCGGCCAUGUUGAUGGUGGAGACUCAGCAGCGGGACGUGGGGGCAAAACCUGCGGGGGCUGGAGCCACUUCGAACGGGGACGGGUCUGUCGGGGAUCCCCCUUCCCCGGUAAUUAAUAUCAGCGGCGGUGCAGGACCAGGAGGACUAGGAGGGGGCUCUCGCUUCCAUCUACCACCCUCAAAUCACCACCACCACCACCACCACCACUACCAGCUGGCCCCACAACAGCAGCAUCUGCCCGGGGAGACCAUCACAGAGUCCCCGGGCAGGAAAGCCUCCUCCAGCAGCAGCAGCAGCCUGGUACACACCGCUGAGGACGCCGCCUCUGCCUCUGCCGCUGCCGCCUCUGCCGCGUCCCCUGCCGCUUCCAGUAGCAGCCAUGUCUACGCUGCUGUGAGUGUCUCCAACACCUCAGACACCUCUGUGGAUGAUAUCCGCAAAUGUGGGUAUUUAAGGAAGCAGAAACAUGGACACAAGCGGUUCUUCGUCCUCAGGGGGGCCAGCCACCUCGGGCCCAGCCGCCUGGAGUACUACGACUCAGAGAAGAAGUUCAGGAGCAGCCUGCGCUCCUCUGCUGCUGCUGCCGCUGCUGCUGCCGCAAGCGGUGGAACUGUCGCCCCUUCUCCCCCUAAAAGGGUGAUUUACCUCUACCAGUGCUUCACAGUGAACAAAAGGGCGGAUUCCAAAAACAAACACCUCAUUGCUCUUUACACUAAGGAUGAGUACUUUGCUAUUGUGGCUGAGAACGAGCAGGAGCAGGAGGACUGGUACGUGGCUGUCAGUGAGCUGAUGAGCGAGGGUAAAAAAGGCCAUUUGGAUUCAGAUGAUUUAGAUGAUGGGUACGGUACUGUGACUCCUGGUACUGUUUUUAAGGAGGUGUGGCAGGUGAACGUGAAACCUAAAGGACUGGGUCAAACAAAAAACCUCACAGGUGUUUACCGGUUAUGCCUCUCAACGAAAACCAUACACCUCGUAAAGUUGAACUCUGAAACCCCGUGUGUGAACCUCCAGCUGAUGAACAUCAGACGCUGUGGGCACUCGGAAAGCUUUUUCUUCAUCGAGGUGGGUCGCUCCUCCUCCAUCGGGCCUGGGGAGAUCUGGAUGCAGGUGGAUGAUUCUGUUGUGGCGCAAAACAUGCAUGAGACCAUCCUGGAGACGAUGAAAGCGCUGAAAGCUUUCGCGGAGUUCAGACCGAGGAGUAAGAGCCAGUCGUCAGGCUCCAACCCGAUGCCGUUCAUCACGACGCGGCGCCACCUAGGCAACCUGCCGCCGAGCCAGACGGGGCUGCAGCGGCGAUCAAGAACGGAGUCCGUCGUGGGCACGCCACCUUCCAGUAAAAGCUCGGGCGCGAGCGGGUACCGCUUUCGGACUUCCAGCGAAGGCGAGGGGACGAUGAAUCGGCCGUUCCGCUCCGCCACGGGAAGUCUCGUUCACCUCAACUCCACGCGCGCCCACCACGGUCGUCAGGACGGCGCGAGCAGCAGCGGCGCAGGUGGCGUCGCGACAGGAAACGCUGGCACCAACACAGGAAGCGGGCGCUACAUCAGAGCGAUCGCAGGAACGUCGUCCACCUACCACGCCCGCUCCGCCUCGCUCCCGGUCUCCCACUUUCCCUCCACCACCAGCCCGGUCAGCGUCUCCUCGAGCAGCGGCCACGGCUCGGUUUCUGAUACUCUCACACGACCUUCAAGCGCCUCGAUAUGUGGCUCGCCUUCAGACGGUGGCUUCAACUCCUCAGACGAGUACGGCUCCAGUCCUGGGGACUUUCGGUACUUCCGGGUGCGGAGUAACACGCCGGACUCGCUCGGUAACACCCCGCCAAUCAGAGAAGAGAACUGUCUCAAUGAUUACAUGGCCAUGGGCUGGAACCGGGAGGUUUUUGGCACCGGCGGCGGCGGCUCUGGAAACAACAGUGGAGCUGACACGCCACGGGACGAAAGCACGUCAACGACAGAGGAUGAGCGCCUGUCGUCUUCUUCAUCACUGAGGCGGAGGACUCACUCUUUUUCCAGACCUGCUGGUGGAGCAACCAGUGGUUCUGGUGUGGCGGUGUACCAGAAAAUGACCCAGACCAACUUCUCUUUGGACGAGGGGUCGGACAUCGUGUUACCGUUUGGAAGCGGGCUGCUCCGUGGCGGGCCCUCCUCCUCCUCUUCCUCCCUCCGCUCUGACUACAGCUCCUGCUCCGAGCACAGCCAGCAGAGCCGCCCCUCCACGCUUUCCAGGACGGAGGCCGGCAGCGAGCGCCCCCCUCUUUCCUCCUCCUCGUCCGCCAAGGAAGACAGCGGCUACAUGCCCAUGAUGUGUGGUGUCGCUGCGUCGCCGCGGGACACGCCUCCUGACUAUAUGCCUAUGCAACCCGGCUCUUACCCCCAUCCCAUCUCCCACUCCCCACAGUUUCAUAGUCCAGCUUUAGGCCCCCGAUCCGCCCAUCACCACCACCCCCAGCUCCAGCCACAAUCCUCCACUGACUCCCACGGCUACAUGAUGAUGCUCCCGGGGGGCAGUGGCAGCUCCCCCUCCCCUGGUCAGGCCUCCCCGAGCCCUCACAGCAGCUCCAGCAUGGCGGGCGCCAGUGGAAGUGAGAGCAUAGCAGAGAGACCUGAGAACGGGGAGUACAUGGACAUGUCGUACAGCAGCGGAGGGGGGCGCAAGCUCUCAAAUGAAGGGUACUACACACCUGGCACACCUGAGAGCGCCCCAAAGUCUUACAGCCCUUAUUUCUCCCUCCCUCGCUCCUACAAGGCGCCCACCAGAGAGAGAGAUGAGAAGGAGUACGGGGAGUAUGUUCCCAUGAGUUCUCCUGCCAAACCAGUCUUUUCAUCUGUUGCCACAUCUUCCAUGUCUACACCUGAGAAGAGAGGCGGGGGAAGUAGUAGCACCUCCACACCCUCUCACCCACCCCCGCCUUACGGAGCUCACCACACGACCGCGGCUAUGGCCGACAGACGUGUCGUGAGGCCUAACCGCCUACCUUUAGGGAGAAGAAGUUUCCACGGUCCACUACGGAUUAGUGAGCCCUCCACAGCAUCUGCAGGUACCUCCACCUCUGUCCCCACCUCUGUCAGCUCCUCAGAGGGGCCUUCCAGUCCCGGGGAGUACAUCAACAUCGAGUUUGGGGAUCACUACCCUCUCCAGCAGCAGCCCCCCGCCUAUCCUCUCUCUGCUGAAGAUGAUGCGAGUUCUGUGGGGUCAGGUGACCUCCGUCACUCCCCCGCUCAGCCCCAAACCCACCAGGACUACAUGAGUGUGGAGGUCGGGGCAGACCAGCAGGACAGUGCUGGGUGUCUCGGUAAAAAACAAUCCCCCAGACCCAGCCUUGUUGCCCCCUGGAACCCGCCCAGCUACAUCAGACCCCUAGCAAGCAAUCCAGGGGCGCUGGCCUCCCCUGGGGUCCCAGCCGGAGGUCACUGGAGGUCGAAGGGGGACGACUACACGGACAUGACGUUCAACCUCAGCAGAGGUGAGAGGACUCAAACCAGCCCCACAGCCAUGCUGCAGCAUCUCUGUGUCAUGGAGGGACGGUACGGACACACCCCCUCUGCCUCUUCCCCAUCCAUUUCCCCUCCUCUUCCUCCGUCGAGCCCCAGCAGGGCGCAAACCCACCAACCGGAACCCAAGGUGGUCCGAGCAGACCCCCAAGGCAGGAGGAGACACAGCUCAGAGACAUUCUCCUCCACCUCCUCUUCUAAUUCAACUCCCUCUGGAGGAGCCCCCUCGUCCUCCUCCACCACCACCACCCACCCCUCACAGGUGAACCCCUCAGCUCCGAACGGAUCUUACCUACAGGAGGGUCAGGCUUCCAGAUGGACCAGUUCGGCGUCUUUCGACAGCGUCUGGGUCUCUGUGGAGGGUCACGGGGACUCGCCGGCCCACCACGCUCCGACGAGAGCUCAGGAGAUGGGCUCGGCCUCCGGGACUUCAGCAUCCUCCUCUUCAGGAGCCGGGGGAGCCAGAAUGUGUAGGAACAUGUCUGUGGGCUACCAGAACGGCCUGAACUACAUUGCCUUGGAGCUGAGGGAAGACGGGAGUAACACGGGAGCCGGUAGCAGCAGCAGCAACGGGAGUUCGACGACGACGACGGCGGCAGUGGCGGCGGCGGGGACGGUGCCUCUGCCUGAGAACGGAGCCUACGCCAGUAUAGACUUCACCAAAUCUGAUGGAGUCACCACAACCAAGGACUGAGCUUCAAGAUGAUAGAGGUUCCCCACCCGCCUCCUCCUCCUCCUCAUCUUUCCGCUCGGGGCACUUGACUCUGCCUGUGACCUUUGGCCUUCCCCCUCUCUGACACCGGUGACCUCUGACCUCUUCACCGCUCCCUUCUGGAUGCAGAAAACAACAACAACAUCAUAACAGAUGACAAAAACGCUUGCAGUUUUUUUUUUUUUUUAUUUCUAUGUGUUUUUCAUUUUUAUUUUGUUUGUGUUUUAUAUGCAUAUCUUGUCUUGUUUUUGUUUUUUUUAAAUCAUUUCUUUUUCUCACAAUCGAUGCUGCCAAUUUGCGCUGCUUUUUUCCUCCCUCAUGUUCAACAGACUAACUCAACAGAGGGGGCGUCAACAGAACCCUAGAUGGUCUUAUUAUUAUUAUCAGAUGCUUCUCCGAACGGUAUUAAAAAAAGGGAGGCUGGAUUACUAAGCAAAGGCAUUAUGGUACAGACUUGCAAACUUUUAUAUCAAAUUUAAUUUAAUCUAUUAUUUUUUUACCUUUUAUUAUGAUUUUUUUUUACCCCAUGCAUAAUCCAUCCUCAACACGGUACCUUACAGUUAUUACUUUUUGACAAAGUUGAAUUAGAAAUGUUUUCCUGAAUGGAUUAAACCUUUAAAUGGUACAAGCUCGUGGCUGGAUCCAUUUUAACCCCCAAGCUCAACAAGUGGCAUUGCACAAUUUACCCUGCUUUGGAUUACAAUUUUGCUUGGCACCCAUUUGCUAAGGGAGCCAGUUUUGAAAUUCAACCGAGGAAAGCAGAGCUCCGGUACUGGGCAAUUAAUGCAAUGGAUAACCCUAAGGCAUUACUCCUCAUACUCUGUAGCACAUAUUAUUUAUUUGUUGCAAUAGGUGCAAUUGUUCUGGUACAUUUCUUUGUCUGAUGGUACUCAGCAGGGCGAGGGGAAAACGCUGGCUAUUAAUCGAAUGCUGGAAGGCUUCAUCAGUCGUAAGUCUGCCUCCUCUUCAAGCAGCUUUGUCAAACUGAUACAUCUAAAGGAAUAGUUUGAAAUUUGGGGAAAUGAAGUAUUCCUUUAUCUUACUGGGAGUUAGACGAGUAGAUUGAUACCAUACAUGUGUGUCUGCAAAAUUUGACGCUAUAGCUAGCAGCUUAGCUUAGCUUAGCAUUGAGACGGGAACCACAGGGAAAUGGCUCUGUCCAAGCAUUAAAGGUACAUGAAAGCCCCUCUCUAAUGCUUACAAAUCCAAAAGUUAGAUCAUCUUUUUAAAUCAGACCUCAAUAAUAAGGGUAGUGUACUUAUUCUGAAGAGGAAUUAUGUACGUAACAUUUCUUAAACCCCUUUUCCUGUGAAAUUUCCACAGUAAAUUGACAUUAGUGAAGUUAGGUUAUGUGGAUGUUGACUUGAACUAAACUUUCGAACAUUCAUUUUUGAGUUUCAGAAUUGCUGAUGAUGAGUUUUGUUACUUUCAUACAAAGCUAGUCUCUUGCUACAAGUCUUUUUGCUAAGCUAACAGUGCUGCUAGCUCUAACUACAAUUAAACUGGGGUUAUAUUUUCAUCUAACAGAAAGGCAUUUUACAAAUACAUGAAUACACAUCUUUCCAAAAAAACAUCAAACUAUUCCUUUAAAACAAAACAGCCACUUGAGGUUUUCGAAGUUUCAGCUGCUAACGCCAGUGGACGUUUUUUCCCGCCCUGCUGCAAUAAUCUGCAUUACGAGCUGUUUGGUCAACCAAAGCCGUUGUUCUAGUUUUUUUUUGAACAUUUUUAUUUGUCUUGACAUUUCAGUUUUUACCUCAUAUGGUCCGUAGCAUAGUUCAGGGUUUGCGAAGGAGAGCUUGCGCGCGCACCAAACCCACACUUACAUACAUGACGCUGUGAAAGCACAAAGUACAGACGUUGACACACGGAGGCAAACACAAGACUGAUGAAAUCUUGCAUGCACACACACACUGAUUGAGGACGCAUGUCAUAAUCUUAUGGCGUCUCCCACACACACACACAUAGUAGUCACACAGCCCUUUUAGAAGAGGGUGGCUCCUGUGUGAACCCCAGUAUCGGGUCUUUGUCAGCAGCACUUGAUGACGUCCGUGAUAUUUCUCAUGCACACACACACACACACACAUAUGCAUGCUGGUGUGGUCGUCAUUGGCUCUGGGUGACGUACAGAGGUUUCCAGUAACCUGAGCUGAAGUCCCAGGUGCACAGCGCUGGUCAUACUUGCCGUGUCACAACCGCGCACACCGAUUAAUCACAGACUGAUACGGCCAUGUUCAGCUUUUUCUACUCACGCUGCUCUCCCAUGACUCUCUCCCACUCAACUGUUUUUCAUAGACGAAGACGUGUGAGGAAACACAAAAGACUGACAGCUAACGUAGCCCACAGAGUCACACUUUCUUUGUUCAGUAUUCACUCAUCUAAUGCUAUCUUUGCUCUGUUUCUGAGUUCUUUCCCUUUUUUGUUUUUGUUUUUAAAUCAACCCCCUUUAAUUCUUGUUUUUAAUUUUUUGCGGUACGGUUGAAAGCUUGUCACUCUCACUGUGCUUUUUGUGUGGGGACUCAUCAUUGUAAGCCCCCACCUUGCACAGCAGGGAUGCCAAUCUGGGAGGGGAGGGACCGAGCUGAGGUGUCUUUAAAUAACUGUCGGAAGUGGCAAAGGAUGCUCUCAAAGCGGUUUGUGAUUGACGGCUUUACUUGAUGCUCUGAGCCGCGGAGUUGCAGCGAACUCUGCACAUCUGGUACUUCAUGUUCAAUGAAACGCAGCUACAGUCAUUUGUAAACAACCAUACUUAAAUUAAAGGCUGGCUGGCUGGUGCACAUGCUAAGGUCAUACAUAUCGUGGCGUUCUGUAUUAUAAAAUUAGUUUGAUGGCUCGAAAACAACUUUCCAAAACCCUCCCAAAGAUUCAGAAAUUCAAUGUUUUGCAAACUAAGAAGCCAAAAGGUUUCAUGAUUCUAAUUCUUAUUGACAAUCAGCCCAAGAAAAAGCAGGUUUCGCUUCUUUAAUUCAGGUCCCUGAAGUCCAGGGUGAUGUAUCGCUCUAAUAUCUCGUGCAAACAAUCUAUUAUGCAAACAAUGGGAGAAUCGCUUUUAUCUGGUGUGCAAAAAUCACUGAAACACCGCCAGGAGAUCAGAACGAGCUUUACAUCUGAAAACUGUGAAUCCUUAAUGUGCCUGCAAACUAUCAAGUAUCAAGUGUCUCCCAAUGACUCAAACCCAAACCAAAAUUAAGCUAGGCUAGGCUAACCUGAACAGUCGUAGCACGUUAGCUUCCUCAGAGCUUCCAUUGGGAUUUGGAUGGGACCAGUAUCUCGUGAAAAUAGAAAAACAGGGCAGAUUUCUAUUUUUUCAUUAAAAGCUUUCCUAACAAUUCAGAGAUGAUUUCCUCCUUCAUUCAGAAAACAGAAAAAAGUGCUGUUUUUUUAGUACUGUAUGCUAAAGUUGUAGCAUGUGCACCAAACCGGCUUUCCACCAGACGAUCUGAGCUUCAUACCUUCAAUUUAAAAUUGGAAAAACCCAAUCAUAGGGGAGCGUUUUUAAAGUUUUGAUGACUGAGCUUAUAUUUUACCCAUAAUUGGUUUAGUCUAGAAGUAAUGGAAGGCCAUAUGAAAAAAAACCAAUGGAAAGGAUCUCAAAAUGUCUCAUGACUGGCCGCCCAAAACCCAAAGAUUCACAUUUAUCAAAGUUGUAUUUUUUGGCAAAUCAGUCCAUUUUGAAACCUAAACCAAUAGAUCCAUAAUUAUCUUCAAUGAUGACUUCAUUUGAGCUUGAUUUACCAGAUGAGUGGCGUGUACGGCAUGCUGGUGGUUCAGAGUGUGUCCAUUAUUUCAGAAGUAUCAAGACUGACUCAUUUCCAACACUUCCUGUAAUCGCCAAAACGAAACGUAAUCAUCGGUGCUUUACUUCAAACGAAAAUCUAAAUAUUGCCUCACUGUCCCUCUCUUUCUUCUCCAAGUUUUUGAAUUCCGGUCACAACGGAGCCACAAAAACAAAAUAAGAAGUUAAAGAAAGUUUUUGUGUUCAUGUGGCUCGUACUUAAGUUAACGCUAAGGGUGUUAGUAGAGAAUGUAAGACGCCCACAGACUGAAUAAAACAUGGACGUAGCCUCCGUGACGUUGAGUUUUGGAGUCAGCCAUGACCCUGAUUUUUCCUCUUAAGAUGAGCUUUUUAAAUGGGUGUGUAUUUGGCUUCAAGGUCUUUUGGAGCCAGCCUCUAGUGGACACUCAAGGUACUGCAGUUUUUAGCAAGUUCACACCUCAUUUCGCUUUAAGCCCCCCUUUUUACCCCACUAUUGCCCCCUUGGAGGGUUCCCAAAUAUGAAUCAAACCACCACAGCACGCCGAUGUUGCUAAUGGUGUUUAAAAAGCUUAAACCCACAAAAAUGCUGUUUAACAAUUUGAAGCCUGUGAUUUGUCUUAAAUGUAAAUUAUGAACAAUUUGAAAAAACUUUAUUUUCCUCCUACGAACGAACAAAGAAUUAAAUAUAAGAGUAUUUCGGCUGCAGCUGCCCGACACAGACGAGAAAGUUUCCUGUUUAUUUUUGGAGCUUGUUUUUCUGUUCUUAUUUUUUGCUACAGCGAUUUGUUGUUUUUUGAGUUUUGAACGCUACGGCAAAGAAAUGUUAGAGCUAGAUUUUGGAGGGAUGACUGAAAUGAAUCUCUCAAUUUAUUUGAAGCAUAAUUCAAAAAAAUGGAUAAGUGUUGUUCAUGUCUGACUGCCUUCACGUUGAAUUUUUAACGCCCUGUUUAAUCCUUCGUCAUGACUGAAUUAAUUUACACAGAAUCUGUGUUUGUUUUGGCAACAAUUCAACCUCAAAACUGUCCUCGAUGUUACCCCCAUUCUGAUGCUGAAAAUCAGCUGUUAUGAAUUUUUUCUUGUUGGGGGUGGAGAGAAAGAAAUGAGACCUACGUAAUAUAUAUAUCUAUAAAUAUAAAUAUAUAUAAUCCUUGCAGAGAAGACUUAGGGUACUGCAUCAUUAUGCAAACUUUUGUUCCUUUUUUCCUCUAAUCUUUUGGUUUCUUUUGUAUUCUAGUUUACAGAGGGAAAAUAAUCAUCUUAUUUUUGGUUGUUUUGUCGUAUCGGGGCAACCUUGUGCGUCUGAAAACAAAGCGACACAAGGGUAGUAUUUUUUUUUUAAGAGUACAUAGGCAUUUUGCAGUUAUUUGUAUAAAGAAAUGGGUUACAACCUCUGCCUAAUGUUUAUUUUUUGUAACUAUAUUACAGUUUAUUUGCUGCUGUGUAGUAACAGUUGGAAAUCCUGUCGAUGGCAACCAUUAUGAUGACAAUGAAGACGAUAUUCAUUGCCCUGCUAUCAAACGCAGGUCAGUUAUUUUUUUCUGUUUUUGUUUUUUCGCUGAAUUUUCCCGAAAGAUCGGACGAUUUUGGCGGGAAAAAGCGAAUCCCACUCUCCCCUGCUACCUGUGUUCUUAGUUUCCGAGUUGAAUGCUGUUGUUUAUUAGCUUUACAGGAAAGAGAAAGAGUUAAAAAAAAAUACUGUGGAGGUGCGUAUCCUUCGUAUGUGCAUUAUUUUUCAGCGACCUACGUCCUAUAUACGAAAAAGACGAAAAAUGAGUUUUAAAAAAAAAAAGAGAGAAAACCGUGGCGGGAAUGGAAAUCCUCCUUCUGUAAAUAAGGAAAACUCAAGUUGUCGCUUUUUUCAUGUUAUGAUUGCGCCUCGGCAGGUGCCCCCCCCUCUUUUUUUUGUUUCAUUUCCUUCUCUUUCUUUCUCUCUUUUUUUUUUCCUCGUGGAGGGAAAGGGGGGUAGGAGGGGUACUCAGAGGCAAUUUGAGCAUCGGCAUAGUGUUUAUAUUUAUCAAAACUUUUUUGCUUUCGAUAGAGCUAUUGCAAUAAAAAUGUGUUCAUGUAA